CUCUUUCAGCCGACCAAGGCAGCACAUGCCAAGAUAAGGCAACAGGUCCAUUUCAUGUAUAAAACAAACAAAUUGCAGGCAGUUGUGAGCCUGUGAGGAGCGAGGUAAAAGGAAGAGUCCAAGGCUCCAAACGAAGAAAGUUAUAACAAAAGGCGAGAGAUUUCAUGAUGGAAAGAUAUGAAAAAUCCAAGCUUUGAUUGAAUAGAGCGAGCGAGGCAGGCACCCCAUGUGCUCACAUGGAAACAUAGAGAGAGAGAGAGAGAGAGAGAGAGAGUAGUAGAGAGACAAAUUACCAGGAGAACAGAAGCAAGAGAGGAAGACGGAAAAAGAUGUGUUUUUUUUGAAGGAGGAAGAGGAGAGUGAGUGGGAGAAGAAAGCGGGGCUUAUAAAGAUCGCAUCUUUCUUUUGGAGAGAGAGAGAGAGAGAGAGAGAGAGAGGGAGAGGGAGAUGAAGGAAGGGAGCGGAGAUGGGUUCGUUAGGGCGGACCAGAUCGAUCUGAAGAAUUUGGACGAGCAACUGGAGCGGCACCUGAGCAGGGCAUUGACGAUGGAGAAGAGGAAGGAGGAGGAGAGGAGGGAGAGGCAGCGAGAGGAGUGGGAGAUCGAUCCCUCCAAGCUCGUCAUCAAAGGGGUCAUCGCCAGGGGCACAUUCGGAACCGUCCACCGCGGCGUCUACGACGGCAUGGACGUCGCCGUGAAGUUGCUUGACUGGGGGGAAGAAGGAAAUAAAACUGAAUCUGAGGUUGCUGCACUACGGGCAGCAUUCUCUCAGGAAGUGACAGUUUGGCAUAAACUUGAUCAUCCAAAUGUUACUAAGUUUAUUGGGGCUGCCCUUGGAGCGACGAACCUAAGCAUACAAACAGAAAAUGGCCAUCUUGGCAUGCCCAGCAAUGUUUGCUGUGUCGUCGUUGAAUAUCUCCCUGGCGGUGCACUGAAAUCUUUUCUUAUAAAGCACCAUAGAAGAAAGUUAGCUUUCAAGAUAGUGGUACAGAUAGCUUUGGAUCUUGCGAGAGGGUUAAGUUACCUUCAUUCUCAAAAGAUUGUGCACAGGGACGUAAAGACAGAGAAUAUGCUUCUAGAUAGGACUGGAACAGUAAAAAUUGCCGACUUUGGUGUUGCUCGUAUUGAGGCUCAAAAUCCUAAUGACAUGACGGGUGAGACUGGAACCCUUGGAUAUAUGGCACCAGAGGUCCUGAAUGGCAAUCCUUACAAUAGAAAAUGUGAUGUUUAUAGCUUUGGCAUCUGCUUGUGGGAGAUAUAUUGUUGUGACAUGCCGUAUCCUGACCUUAGCUUUUCCGAGAUCACAUCUGCUGUUGUCCGGCAGAACUUGAGGCCGGAUAUUCCACGCUGUUGCCCCAGCUCUCUAGCAAAUGUGAUGAAAAUAUGCUGGGAUGCAAACCCUGACAAACGACCGGAGAUGAAUGAAGUAGUGGUCAUGUUGGAAGCUAUUGACACAUCGAAGGGUGGAGGUAUGAUCCCUCCUGAUCAGCAACAAGGAUGUUUUGGGUGUUUCCAAAGGCACCGAGGCCCUUGAGUGAUAGCUCCAGAGGCACACGAAAGUUUGAGAAUUAUUGAAUAUCGGAUGCAAAGCUGAGCUAUUAUGGCAAUGCAUCUAGAGUAUGUUCUACACGUUUUGUCAUUUAUACGAUGUAAAGUCAUUCCAUGUGUAUUCCUUGGCAGUUCUCAUGUAUUAUCAAUUUCGUUGCGAUGA